AUAAAUAAUAAUAUUGAAUCCUAUAAUCCUAACCUAACUUAUUUUCCUAAUCAUACUCAUCUUAUAGAUUUAUAGUUGCAUUAAUUUGAUAAAGCAUUGGCAUACUCAAAAUUGGAUAAAAAACUUGAAUAUUUUAUUAAUAGCUAGCAGUGUUUAGUGAUUCAUUAUUUUUUAUGUGUCAAACAUAAAUUCUCUUGAUCCGAUUGAAAAUUUUAAAGUUUCUCCAUGACUUGUUCUAGAUAGUUUUGAACAAUUUUUGGAUAAGAAAACUAAACAUUUAUAAUGUCUAACGAGGAUAUCAAGAUAAAGUUCGUUCCAAAAAAGAGGCCAGUGAGGAAACGUCGUAACUCAGAUGACAGUGGUGAUGAAAGCAGCGAAGAAUCAAGUGUUAUGUCGAAAUUGGAAGAGAUGAAGAAUUUACAGAAGCUGAGAGGAAGACCGAAUGGUGUGAGUGUUGUCAGCCUUGCCCUUGGUCAGAAAGUUUCAGAGGUCGAAGAAUGUCUAGUGUCUGAUCCUUUCAAGGUGAAAUCAGGAGGUUUAAUUGACAUGCAUGCUCUUAAAAAUGGUCAAGUGCAGAAAGUUGAUGAUGCUUACGAUACCGGCAUUGGCACUCAGUUCUCAGCAGAAACCAAUAAGAGAGACGAAGAUGAAGAAAUGAUGAAAUACAUUGAAGAUCAGCUGUCGAAGAGGAAAGGAAAGCUGACGGAGGAGGGUGAGGAGGCGGAGGAGGGGAAAGGCAAGUACUGUUCGCCUGAGGAGGCCGCCCUGCAGGCAGUGCCCAAUCACCUCAGGGCCUCCUCCACGCAUCGAUCCGAGGAGAUGUUGUCCAAUCAGAUGCUCAGCGGUAUUCCUGAAGUCGAUCUCGGCAUAGAUGCAAAAAUACGAAACAUUGAGGCAACAGAGGAAGCAAAACUGAAACUUCUGUGGGAUCAGAGGUGCAAAAAAGAUGGACCGUCGCAGUUUGUUCCCACAAAUAUGGCCGUCAAUUUUGUACAACAUAAUCGAUUCAACAUAGAAGAAUCAGGUCCACCCAAGAAGCGAGACAAAGUGGAAGUUGAUAAGAAGAAAGUGACUGUUGAGAAACGCAACAGAGAGAACGGUGAAAAGGCAACAGAUGAUUACCAUUACGAAAAGUUCAAAAAACAGUUUCGUAGAUAUUAAUGCAAGCACACGGACAUUUUCCCACUAUUAUCGUCUUCAGAGUAGUUGGGAGUUGUGAGUCUAUUUUAUCAAUGUUGCUAAUUCUAUCUACAAUGACUAAUGUCGAUCAUUGGCGUUAAUUAUAGGUUCUUGUUUAUUUUGAAACCCAUUUUUCCAAAUGAAGGAUUAAGGCCAUUUUUUAAAACUCAGUUAAACAUCGUUGACUCAACGGUGCUUGUAAUUUUAUUAUCUAUUUGUAAAUAUAGUAUUUUAAUUUAUGGUUUUAUCACGUAUUAAAAUAAUUUAUCAUUCUA